CCACAACCCACAACCGCAACAAUGUCCUCCCAACCACUCCUGCAGACAGCUCCAGGCAAACGCAUCGCCCUCCCCACCCGCGUCGAACCCAAAGUCUUCUUCGCCAACGAACGCACCUUCCUCUCCUGGCUAAACUUCACCGUCAUCCUCGGCGGCCUCGCCAUGGGUCUCCUCAACUUCGGCGACCGCACGGGCCGCAUCGCCGCCAUCAUGUUCACCCUCGUCGCCGUGGCCGCGAUGGUCUACGCGCUCGUGACGUUCCAUUGGCGAGCGAAGAGUAUUCGUAUGAGGGGACAGGGUGGGUUCGAUGAUCGGUUUGGGCCGACGGUGUUGGCGAUUGCGUUGUUGGGGGCGGUGAUUGUGAAUUUUGUGUUGAGGUUUAGUUCGUAGUGGAGGAGGAGAUGGGGAGAGGAGG